AUGGCGCUCUACCCCGAGGGCUGCGUGGAUGCCACCGUGCUGGACUUCGUGGCAGACCUGUCUCUGUCCUCCCCGAGACAUUCUUUUCUCUGUGACUUCCCACGCGGGAUUCCCUUUGGGGAUGGAAGGGUUGGGCUGGGAGAGGGAAGGCCCCCGAGGCUCGUACCAUUAGAGGAGGGGGUCCCAGAAGGUGAGGAGGGAGAUAUAGAUGAAGGGGACGAACAAGAGGAGGAGGAGGAGGAGGAGGAAGAAGAGGGACGUGGGAGAGUAACCUCCCUACUCGGCCGUCCCAAAAGGAAGAGGGUUAUCACUUAUGCCCAGCGCCAGGCUGCCAAUAUCCGCGAGAGGAAGCGCAUGUUCAACCUCAACGAGGCCUUCGACCAGCUGCGGAGGAAAGUGCCCACUUUCGCUUACGAGAAGAGACUGUCGCGGAUCGAGACCUUACGCCUGGCCAUCGUGUACAUCUCCUUCAUGACCGAGCUCUUGGACAGCUGCGAGAAGAAGGAGGCUGGCUGA